AUUUUAGUUCUAGUUUCUGUUUCGGUAUUAAAUUUUGCUGCGUAGUAGAUUUCAACGGUAUGAUCGACCAAGCAGAGGAUUAAAAUAUGGAAAUCAGUAUCAUUAGGAAGCCUGAGCUGGUUGUCGCUAUUGACUUUGGCAGUACAUAUACUGGCUACGCUUGGCAAUGGAGGGCAGACUUUCUUAAUAACAGAAGUAACGUGCAGUUCAACAACAACUGGGGUAGUGGAGCACUACAGCUUCAUAAAACCUCAACGUGUAUACUACUGGAGGCGAAGGAAAAAUACGGAAUGGAGUAUAAAAUUGACUCGUUUGGUCAAAUGGCUGAAGAUAUAUAUAAAACUUUGUGCAAAGAAAAUGAAAGCGAGAUACCUGGGAAAUGGUAUUUUUUCAAAAGAUUUAAACAUCUUUUGUAUUUAAAGGGUUUUCAUAAAGAAAUACAAGCUGAAGAUCAGAUUGGUCAACAUGUUCCACUGCUUGACGUUGUAGCAAAACUCAUUGAAGCCCUGAAGAACCACUUUAUUGAAAAUUUGAAACAAAAGGGUCAAAAUGUGGAAGAGGAUAAAAUUCUCUGGGUAUUAACUGUGCCUGCAAUUUGGUCAAAUGAGGCCAAAGCUUUUAUGAGACAAGCUGCAGAAAUGAGUGGUAUCAAAAAGAAGAAUUUACUGCUUGCACUCGAACCGGAAGCAGCGGCCAUAUACUGCAUUCACCUUCCAAAUGAACAGCGAGCGAACAUGAAUGAGCUUGGAACACCGGGACAAGUCUUCCUCACAGCAGAUCUUGGAGGGUUAACUGCCGACCUUUCUGCUAUCAAAGUACUAGAGGAUGGUCUUCUAGAAGAAAUAUGUCUAGCCCAAGGGGAACUAGCUGGUGGGCAGAAUGUAAAUGACGCAUUCUUUCAAGUAUGUCAUGACAGCUUUGAAGGCGAUUCAUGGAAGAAAACAUUUGGAAAGGCCAAGCCCACAGAGAUGAUGGACAUGGAAGACGACUUUGAACAGAAGAAAGUCAAAAUUGGGGUUACUGAUCCUAGAGCUGAAAACAUCGCACUGAAGGUCCCUUUUGCUGUAAGGAAAGAAAUAGAAAAGAAUACCAUACGACUGAAGAGUACAGCAGGUACUGACCAAAAACUGAAACUGAAAGAUGAUGAGUUGUUGUUUAACUCUACAUUCAUUCGAAACAUCCUCUUUAAAGAAACAUGUGAAACCAUUUGCAAUAUAAUGAAGCGUGAACUGAAACAAGAUGGGUUGCGAGAAUGCAAAACAAUUGUUUUGGUAGGUGGAUUUGCAGAGUCACCGAUAGCAGUCCAGCAUAUUCGGAAAAUGGUUGAAGAAUCGUUCACUGAAAUCAAAGUUGUUGUUCCAACUUCACCCUUUCAAGCUGUUUUGAAAGGAGCUGUACUAUUUGGACAUGAUCCGAUGAUAUUCAGAAGUCGCAUAUCGAGAUUCACGUAUGGUAUAGGGACAAAUUCUCUCUUCAAUGAGAAAAUACAUGAUGCAAAGAAAAAAUGGCUUAAUUCAGAAGAUAAAAAGUUCUAUUGCAAGGACAUCUUAUCAGUUCAUGUUGAAAAAGGCCAGUCGGUGAUUUUGAAAGAGCAACUGGGGCGGCAUAAAUAUCACCCCAUGUAUAAAGAUCAGAAAAGUGUCAAUUUUUCUAUUUUUUCUUCGACGAACGUACCAAAGAAAACAGCUGGAAGUGAAGAACCCGAAAAUAUAAUGUACACAACAGAUGAAGGGUGUCGAAAGAUAGGUGCAGUUGAGGUACAGUCUCCAAAUACAAGUCGUGGAACAGACAGAAACCUUCUUGUUACGAUGGUUUACGGUGGCACAGAACUCUCGGUUAUCGUAAACGAUGAAACAAGUGGCAAUGAAAUCAAUGCCGAGAUAAGGUUUAGCAAUAUGUAAAUUGAUAUGGAAAAUGUUCACAUAGUAUAAAAGAAAAAAAUUAUUUUGUAGAAACUGUGAUUAUAUGCGUGACAACACAGCAUUUUUUGAAAUCAGUAUAAAAUGAUAUUUUGUGAACAGCAUUAAUAUUAUCAUGUUUAUGAUAUGCCUAUAAAUUUUUCUAAAGAAAAUAAUUGGCGAGUUUGAUUGAGAAAUGUGUGUUUCACCGUGUGGCCGUUGUAAUCACGCGGGCGUUGUUCGUUUAAGACAUAUAUACCAAAACCACGCAUAAAAUAUUUGAAUAUUUGUUGGAUGUUUUUCGGAAAACAGGGGCGGAAAAUAAUUAAUGAUAUUUGAUUAAGAUAUAUGCGAUGUUAGUUUAAGAAAGAUUAACCAAUACGACGAAUAAGACUAUUAAAGAAUGAUUCCUGCGUUUACUGGCAUAAAACAUUUGAAUAUUCAGUAGCGUUGCACUUCAGGGAUGCGCGUAGGUGCAUCCUAUUUUGAAAAACAUAAGAAUUUCAAUGAAAAAUAAUAACGUACAGAGUGUUUCAAUAAUCUGUUACCGUUAUGUUAUACUCAUGUUAUAUAAUAUUCUUAAGGAGACGGAAGUUUUACUGUAAAAAACGUAAAAACGUUGAGAUCAUGACGUCACAAACGACAUCAUCAAAACAAGCCAUAUUUUCAAGAAAAGUUCACAAAGGUAGUUAAGCUGAUUAUUCACCGGUCAGUCGUUAAAUCAAUGCAAGAAUAAUAUCACGAGGAUGAGAAACUUAGCAGGAUGCAAGCGCACAAAAUAGUUAAAACAGUCAUUGUCAAUUAUUGACAGACGACAUGGUAACACCGACCGAUCGAAAGCAGUCAGGUCUUCAGAGAGGAUGUCAUUUUGAGCACAUGUUGUAAAACUGAACCUUUUCUGUGAAAGGAAAUUGUCAUGAGCAUUUUAAGUAAACCUGCUGAUGUCAUUUAUCAAAUUAACAGCGAAAUGGUAACAAAUAUUAUGAAACACCCUGUAUUUCUUUUUAUAAUACUUAAAAAAAUGUUUCUGUACAUCCUUUUUAAAUAAAAUGUUAUUAUGUUG